GCCGCAAAUUUUAGAUUGGAGGUCAUCCCAUGUGCAUGUCUAUCUCUUGGCAUUAUAAUUGUUAAUCUUUCUUCAAUUUUUUAUAUAAUCUCAUAAAUUUUCUUUAUGAAAAAUUGAUUUUUUACAAUAUUUCAUUUCUACCUGUUGUUUUAAUCUUAUUUUAUAAUGAUAAAUUUUUACGUUUUAUGAUGUAUGCGUAUAUCCCAACAAAUAACCUUUUAGUAUUGUGAAGAUGUACUAUGACCACUGAUCCAGAACGUGCCGGAGAUACUACUGAUACGGAAUCUGUUGAAGAUGAAGAUGAACGCAACACUUCAGAGUUAGAUCCCCAAAUAUUUAGUAGACCUGACGGAUUAGAUGCUCUGCAAGAUCUCGUUUGUGCACCUGGAAUAGAGGUAUUCCAAAAUUAUAUUCAAAUGCAGUCGCUACCAGCACCUAUUAAACGUAGAAUUAAGGCUCUCAAACAACUACAACUGGUUACUACUAAUAUUGAAGCCAAAUUUUAUGAAGAAGUACACGCUUUGGAAUGUGCUUAUUACAAUAUGUGUGCACCAUUAUAUGAAAAAAGAAGUCUAAUAGUUUCUGGUUCGUAUGAACCAACAGAUGAGCAAUGUGUUUGGGAAAGUGAUGAAGAUGAAGAAGCCUUGUCAAAUGAAUUAAAAUUGAAAGCAAAUCUUGAAGAUUCUCAGGAAAAAAAAGAGGAAGCUGAGAAUGAAGAUAUUAAAGGAAUACCUGCAUUUUGGUUAACGAUAUUUAAAAAUGUUGGAAUGUUGGCUGAUAUGGUUCAAGAACAUGAUGAACCAAUUUUAACACAUUUAUAUGACAUUAAAGUAAAAUUUCUAAAAUCUAAUCCAAUGGGUUUUGUUCUCGAAUUCUAUUUUGAACCAAAUGAAUAUUUUACUAAUUCUGUUCUUACUAAAGAAUAUAUUAUGAGAUGUGUACCAGAAAAAAAUGAUCCAUUCAGUUUUGAAGGACCUGAAAUAUACAAAAGCAAGGGUUGUGUAAUUGAUUGGAAAAAAGGAAAGAAUGUAACAGUCAAAACAAUAAAAAAGAAUCAAAAGCAUAAAUCUCGAGGUUCUAUGCGUACAGUAACAAAAACUGUUCAAAAUGAUUCAUUCUUCAAUUUCUUUAGUCCACCAGUUGUGCCAGAUGAUGCAGAAGCGGAGUUAGAUGAUGAAACUCAAGCUUUGGUUACAAGUGAUUUUGAAAUUGGACAUUAUAUUAGAGAACGUAUAGUUCCUAGAGCUGUACUGUACUAUACAGGUGAAGGAUUAGAAGAUGAUGAAGAUUAUGAAGAUGAAGAAGAGGAAGAUGAUGAUGAUGAUGUUGUAACUACAGAAGAAGAAGAUGAAGAAUCUUCUCCAACCAACGCGCCUUCAGGUGGGAAACAACAAGGCGAUGAUCCUAAUGAAUAUCAAGCCUAGACUCUUCAACAUACCAGUGACAAAAUUAUGCGUAUCCCCCCUCUAAAUCAACGUUAAUAAUGAAUAGUAUAUGGCUAUUUACUGCUAAGACCUAAUGAUGUCAUAAGUGUAACAGUUAUGCUCUCAAUAUGAUUAUUGUCAUUUUUAAUUACUGCGUUUUAUACUGUUGUUACGUUUAUAUAUGCAGGCAAAAGGCUGGUUAAAUUUUUUUCCAGACGCGUUGAUCUAUGAACAAAUUUUGGGUACUGUUGAAGCAUUUUUAAUACAAAAGUAAAAAAAACUAUACAUAGAUCUUAUUUAUUUUAAUCUACCAACAUUUUUAUUGAAUUCUUUAAAAAUUGUUUUGAAAGAAAAAAGAAAAAAAAAAGAAUUAAAUAUAAACCAUAUGAUAUUAAAAUAAAACAUUAAUACUAUUUUAAUGAAAUAUAUAUGGUAGUAAUUUUAUGUUGAUGUCUUUUGCUUUAAUUCUUUUGCAUAAUGUAUCAGUGUUUCCAAACACAUACCUCAACAUGUAUGGUAAGUAAUAUUCUGUAUACCAUACAAUAUAUUAAACAUUAAAUAUAUACCUGCAUACAUUACAAAUUAAUUUAUAUGCUUCUAAAUAUUAUUGUGUAAAGACUGUACAUAAAAAACAUUACUUCCUUUGUAAUACAGAACUGUGUUGGGUAAAAUAGAAAUAUUUUUUACUUACA